CUUUUACUUAUAUCCGACAGGUGUCUUGCAUCGAGGAGAGAGUGCGUGUCUCGGACCAAGGCUCGGCCUCGUAGAGCACGGAGAGCGGUAUCAAGCUCAGAUGCGGAACCGUCGCCAGAGGCUCUAGGCCAGUCCAGCACGUUCAGUAUCAACUAUCUUGUGCCUCCCCGGCCAAAUGUUGAUGAUGGCUUCGCGACUCUCCGUGAAGUGCACAACAGUGCGUUUGACAAUUUGCUCGAGACCAACUUGACGAACGACAUCCUGCAGACGCCGAGUGAGUCCAUCUGCUCGACCUCGUCAAGCCAGUCUCGCUCUCUUUUCGACACAUGGCGGAAGCCCCAAUUCAACUUGGCUUCAGCCGAGGCUCUCCUAAACUCCUUUGACUGCAUGGUGGACUACAUACCCUUUGUAUCCCUGCCUGCCGGCUCGACCGUCACGCAUGUGGCUUCCACGAGGCCUUUUAUUCUACUGGCCAUCUUGACCGUGGCCUCAAGAUCGAGAACUGUGCAGAAACACUCGUUGUACGAUGAAGAGUUUCUGAGAGUUCUGGGCCUCAAAUAUGUGUCAGGCGGAGAGAGAAGUAUCCAGUUGUUACAGGGCUUGUUGAUAUACUGUGCAUGGUAUCCCUUCCAUCUGAAGCCUAAAAGCGCACAGUUGGCUUACUGCGUCCGUAUGGCUGCGGACAUCAUCCAUGAGCUCGGCCUGGAUGAGAAUUUCCUCGCAUCUAAUGUGUGGGGGCAAAGAGUGACAGAGGAGAAACUGGAUAAGAUUCGUGCUUAUCUCGCCUACGUGUAUCUCGUCUCUACAUACGUCGUUGUAUGGAAAGGAGAAAGAUGCGUGCCAACUCGCCUCCCUCCUUGGGCCAACGUUGCCCUUGACACUCUGGAACAGAAUGCUCAAACAGAAGGUGACCGCAUACUCGCGGCUAUGGUACGCUUGUCUAUUCUAUGUUCCGAUGCCUCGGAUGCCAUGAACGAGAGGGUGAAGGAUACUGUGCGAAACAGCCAGUUGAUCCUCGUGGGGCUUGAGCAACGGUACCAACAAAUACGAAGCAAUAUCCUAGCCACAUGCCCUGCGGCCUUUGAUAAGGAACCCAUUCGAAUGCAGACAUUGUUCCUCGACAUUUUCUUCGACGCCGGCAGCUUACUGGAAUUUCCCGUAGCAAAAACGCUGUCAUCCGUCGUCAAGAGCGUACGCAUCCCGCCGCCAAUACCAAAUAUAUACAGCGCUACGAAAAAGAUCCGGGCGUACUUGGACUACGUAGGCGACUUGGAUGAUAACUCCCUGCUCUCGUUUACCGUAAACGACUGGACGCGGCUCAUCGUCGUCCUCACGCUGGCAUUCCGGCUAUCCUUUCCGCUCUACCUCUGUCCAGACUUUAACUGGACUUGGGCAAGCUCUGAGAUGCAGCUUGACCAGUUCCUGUCUAAAGUCUCGCGUGAUGCCGAUACGGCUGUCGCUUCCAACGGCAUCCUCUCAGCCAACCGCGUCGUCUUUGGCCUUCUCAAAUCAAAGUUCAACCGUCGACUGAGUUCACUCGGGGAGGAACGGACGAUCCCAAGCAGCAGGACAUUUGGAUGCCCCAUGAUGAGUGGCGGCUCGAGCUUGGCUGACGCACAAUGGAGUUCAGAAUUCGCGCCGUCGGAACCGUCGACCGAUUCUGACAUGUCUGACAUGGUCUUUCACGAUAUGUGGACGGCAGUGGCCACGGGAUGGCAGGACGUCGGUGAUAUGCCUUGGGAAUCAUUUGACGAGCAGCUGAACAGCGUGGGUACUUGUCCUCAUAGCGGCUGGUCCGUAUAA